AUGAUCGUGCUGCGAUGGGCCUGGGACUUCAUCCGGCCGCACUUUCGACACCACAAGCGGAGGGACCUCUACGAGUCCCACUUUCUACCCACCUGGGCGCUCUUUGUGUUGCGAACGCUCAUCUUUGCGUAUAUGCUGGCCAUCACCAUUUAUCGGCCCAUCGACGACUCCGAUGACGGCGAGUACCUGACCUACUUCACCAACAUCAACUGGAUUCUGCUCACUGUCUACUUUGGGUUGACGGUGUUGUACACCAUAGUAGUCCACGUGAUGAAGUGGCUCGGCCUAACGAAGGAGUCCGAGGGAGGCGCCAAUUUGAGUGCCACCGCCAAUGAUAGUGACACCGACAGCAGCGGCACGAGCGAAACCGACGAAGAACAGGGUACGGCCACCGAAGAAGCCACCGACAACGAGCAGACAGCCGCUGCCGGCAACCACACCCGAUGGACCCGCUUCAAGAAGUGCCUGCGUAGACAUCGUCUGGACCUGGACAAGCGGAUUACGCUCGAUAUGGUGUUGUGGAUGUUCUUCACCCUGGUCACUGUGAAUGCGGUCUAUCUUGACAUCAUGUACGACCAUCUGCAAUUCUUGCUUGUUGAUUGCCUGCUUACCGCGGCUAUCAGUUUCUGGGUCGCCAUCUACGGCACGUCGGAUGGAGAUUCCAACAACGAGAGCAGCGAGACCACGAUCACCUUCUACACCAUCAACGCCCACGCGAUCAACGCUGCCUUCGUGCUGCUCGAGAUCAUCUUCAACAAGCUCCGAAUCUAUCCGUUCCAGAUCGUCUACGUCCUGCUGUUCGCCUUGGCCUACAUGAUAUUCAUGUGGAGCUGGUAUGGCGCGACCGACGAUUGGAUCUAUGACCAGCUGUCUUGGGACGACAGCCACCACACGUUGUACUACUUUGGCGUCUUGGGUGCGCUCGUUGGGGUGUUCGCCGUCCUCUUCCUGCUCACGCGCCUCCGCGAUGUGCUGGCGCGCGUGGGAAAGAGGAAGCUGUCGAAGCGUCGAGCGAGGAAGCAGGCGGCCAAGCAGAACGGCGCCGGAUCGACGUCGUCGCCAGCCGACGGCGAGGCAAGGCCUGCGGCGGGCAGCGACGACGCUCGUGCCUCGUCCUCCCGGUGA